AUGGAAAUAUUUAGAAAAUAUUUAGGUGGUUCGACGGAAUCAGACGAGGUUGUUGGAGCUGAUAUUGUGGAUAAGCUUGUAGAUCGCUACCAGUCUUCAACUAGAAUUGAUGACAAGAGGGAUGCUUUACGGGCCCUGAAAGCGAUUUCUAAGAAGUACCGAUUGGAGGUUGGAACCCAAGCAAUGAUUAUCUUCUCUUCAGUCCUGAAGAAUGAUUGGGAGGAUUCGGAUUGUGUAUGUUACGCCUUGGAAGGCCUUUAUUCUGUGAUGAACGAUGAAAUAAGCGAACAAGUUGAACCUCAUGAGUUAGUCAAUAUACCAACUGACCUGGGUGUACAGUUCACGGAAAUGUAUAUGAAGAACACUGAGAAUUACCAAACUUUAUUGUCACUUUUGGAUGCACCUGAGAGUUUUAUUCGACGGAACGCUAUGCGGUUGCUUACAGUGCUUUCUAUCAAUCGUCUAAAAGAUACUCAAAAUGCUCUCCUUCAGUGUCGUACCGGAGUUUCAAAACUUGUGGAUAUACUUUCAGACACUCAUGAAGUUUUACGGAAUGAUGUCAUACUUCUUCUAACGGAACUCACCAAAGCAAAUGCUAACAUCCAGAAAAUAGUAGCCUUUGAAAAUGCUUUCGAUUGGUUACUGAAAAUCAUAUAUUCUGAAGGUCUGUGUGAUGGUAGUGUGGUUGUAGAAGAUUGUCUUCGUUUAUUAUUUCAAUUGUUAGACGGUAAUCCAUCUAACCAAGUCUUGUUUGCAGAAGGGAAUUUUAUUCAGCGUCUUUCGCUUUUAUUUGACUUGCAUUCUACUGAAAGUACACAGUCACACCUUUGGUCUGCACAGAAAGUUGUCAAUGCGGAGGUAGCUAUGCAGGUUGUUCAAACCUUGGUAGCGCCUUGUAAUAAAGCUCAAUUAACGCGAAACUGCCAGAAUGUGAUUUAUGAUUGUGGUCUUCUAGAAAAACUAUGUAAUAUUGUGAUGAUUAGUGGUGUUCCAGCAGAUGUCCUAACAAAAUCAAUCUAUGCUUUAGCGGACUCAAUACGUGGAUGCCCAAGAAAUCAAGAAUAUUUAGCAAAUUUAGUUACACCUUCAGAGCCCCCUCAAUCUGCUGUGAAUGUGCUACUCGUAUCUAUGUUAAAUAAGCAUCAAUCUGUAGUUGUGCGUGUAGCUGCGCUAUACUGCUUUCAAUGUUAUCUUGCUUCCAAUCAUCAAGGACAGAAUGCAAUUGUGAUGACAUUGCUGCCUAAACCUAAUGAUGUUCCACAGCUUGGUGUUAGCGCUGGUCAGUUGCUUUGUGGAGGAUUGUUUUCCGGUGAUUCAUCAGCUUGGUUUUCUUCAAUAGCUCUUCUUCAUUGUAUCCAUGAUAAUGUACAGCUUAAAGAAGAACUUUUGCGCGUACAUUUAUCUCCUAAUGAAGGAGCUCUACCUGUUACCCUUUUUCAUCAGUGCUUUAUAUGGCAACAACAGUGUAAUCGUUUUCAAACUCGCAUGGGUUUACUGCAAUUAUUAUGUACUUGGUUCACAAACUGUUCUGAAGCAAUAAGAUGUUUUUUAAAUCCAUCAUCCGGUACAGGAGAUGAUCGGACAGAAUCAGUGAAUCGUGGCUCGUAUUUAUGGACGCUUAUUGCAGAAGCAUGCGCAGUGGAUAAUGACGAAAAUGAAGCAUUAGUUCACGGUUUGACUACAUUAUUAGUUUGCAUCUGUGUAAUUUACAAUCCUGGGAAUGUAAAUGGAUUUGAAAGAUCAACAUUAUAUAAUGCCCUGGAGAAACGCAUCGGGAUAGAUAUGAUUUUAGAACGUCUAAGUCAAAUAUCCAAAGCUGAAUCAUUUAUUACAGCCUCAAAAAAACCUCAAAUAUCUGUUCAGUCUACUGAUGAUUUAAUAUUUGAUUAUACAUUUACACGUUUAUUCAAACGAUUAGAAUAUGAAGUAAUGCAUACAUUCCAGUUGGACAGUAAUAUUAAUGGAGUAAAGAAUUGUACUUCAUUUAGUGAUAAUCACCAAAAUAGUAAACCCGUUGAUCCUACAAUUACAACAGUAAGUAAACAAUAUGACGAGAAGCUGGCAAGACAGGAGAAUGAGAUAACGAUGUUACGUAAUCGUAUAAGUGAAUUAGAAUCUCAGCUGAAUACUUGUCGUUCUACAAUUAAUAGUAAUACUCCAACUGAUGCAAAACAGAAUAACAUGGUCAAUGAAGAUCAACUACAAAAAUUAACCAUAACUGACAAUGUUACUAUUCAAAAUUUAGAACAGAAGUGUUUAAUGCUUGAAAAAGAACGGGAUAAUCUACGUGGUGAACAUGAAGAUUUAUUAUUACUUUUAAAUGAUCAAGAUGUAAAAAUUAUGAAAUUGUGUAAACUUGUUAGAGAGUUAGGCGGUCUUAUACCAAACGAUAUUGAAUUAAAUAAUGUUAAUGAUUCACAAAUUACAGAUAAUCAUCAUAAUCAAUUAAGUAAUGAAAAUACUAAUCAAUCAUUAUCCACAUUUCAAACAAUUCCUUCAACUCUUCAACCAGAUACAUUACAGUGUCCAACAAAUUUCUCAUUUACAACUUCUGAACUAACUUUAUCAUCUAAUUCAAUAAGUAUUUCAACACCAUCAUUAUAUUGUGUUUAUGAUGAUAAUAAAUUACUUCAUACAUCACCACCUCCAUUAUUAUCUCAUACUAAUUCUAUACAAAAUGUAAUUAUGUCAACAACAGUAACAACAAGUCAAUAUUACUGUCCACAAGUAUAUUUUAAUGCUGUAACACAAAACUAUCCAUGUUCACCAUCAUAUACAAAUACACAAUAUUUUCAUGUUAAACAAUAA